AUGUCAUCGCGGGAAGGAGACGUCGAGAGCGUCGUGUCGGCAUUAAAAUGGGUCGGUAUCGCAUUGGGCGUGGCCGCCGUCGCAUCCGUGGCCGUCGUCGUCUACAUGUGCUGCUACCGCAAGAAUUCCACCACGCAAUCGGAGCUCAUGGACGGAUUGUUGCGACGAGACCAGCUCGAGGAGACGGAGCUCGAGGACGAAGGCAAAGGAUGGCAAUGUGUCGUAUGCGGUUUGGCCAACAGUGCCAAGCGCAAAACCUGCCUCAUGUGCGGCACCAGCAUCGGGCUCCUCAUGACCGGCGGGCUGGGGCGUCGGAAAAGCUCGCGGAUGCUACUGCGUAAUAACAGUCGGGGUAUCAUAAGCGCUGAUGUGACCGGAGAAGAGGAUGAUAUCGAGGCUCUGAGGUCUCGACAGCGCGCGCUGUUUAAGCGCCGUAUGAACAUGAUGGCGGCCAGGAAGAACCUGUCGCAGCGGCAACGAGGAGCGUUCCGUCGAAAACUCUGGCAACGGAAACAGUUGUCGGACGGUAAAUUCCAUUGGGUCCGACAGAACAGCACCGAUGCAGUGACUCCUGUACCCGAAGUACAAGCUGGAGAUGCAGCGCAGCCGACAUUGCAGUCGACGGCAGAAGCGAAGUCACUGGCUGGUCCGAAUGGAGAGAGUGUCACAGAUUACCACAACCUGCGUUCGCAGGGGUUUGUGUCAAUGUAUGACGCAUCCGGACGGUUGACGUGGACCAAGGCUGAUGAAGUUUCUAUUGACAUGGAAUCGUUCGACAAGAUGCGCAACGGAUUGGAGAAAAUGGACUUUGAGGGUGUCAUGGCUCUUAGUUUUCGUAUGAAGAAGCAGUGGUUCUUGGUGCAGUUAUCCCGUAUUGCCACCCCCGUGACAGAAGCUGUCGCUAAGCUGACGGUAACGAGGGAGCAGAUCAUCGAGCAAUCGCUACAGCUCGCUGAGGUUGCACCCGAUGCGCUUCAUGCGUAUCUGAAGAUCACCUUUGAAGGGGAACCAGGUAUCGACGCUGGAGGCUUGUUGCGUGAGUGGUUUGGGAUUGUUAGCAAGCAAAUUUUCAGUGAGAAAAUGGGUCUGUUUGUCCCCACAAAGGGCGAAGAUAUGAGCUAUUGGAUCGACCCGCUCUCUGGCGAGAAGAACGAGAACCACUUGAAGCUGUUCCGUCUCGCUGGUAUCUUGAUCGGCAAAGCGCUUUUCGAAGGCGUCGUAUUGGAUGUGCACUUGGCUCUGCCACUACUGAAACACGUGCUGGGUAUCCCAAUAUCGUUCUCGGAUCUUGAAUUUCUCGACGAAGAGCUGCAUCGAAACUGCAAGUGGCUACGUAGCAACACUCACGUGGAAGCGCUUUGUCUGACGUUCAGUGUGAUGCUAGAAAACGGCACCGAGGUGGAUCUUAAGGAGAAUGGACGCAACGUCGACGUGACGGAUGAAAACAAGGAGGAAUAUCUACGGCUUAUCCUCGAGCACCGUAUGCUUGACAGCAUUGCUGACCAACUACAGGAAUUCCUCAUGGGUAUCUACGACGUGGUUCCCAAGGCACUAUUAUCUGUCUUCGACUAUCAGGAGCUCGAGCUUAUUCUUUGUGGUAUCCCUACUAUUGAUACUGCGGAUUGGAGAGCACACACCCACGUACGCUACAUUAAACCCGAGGAGAACAAGAAGGGUAAAGUCACCAAGGAAGAACAGAAUGGAGUUCUCGAGUGGUUUUGGAUCGUUGUCGAAGGUCUGGCACCAGACGAGCGAGCGAAACUCCUGCAGUUUGUCACUGGUACCAGUCGUGUGCCUGUGGAAGGUUUCCGUGGACUUAUGAGUUCUAGUGGAAUUAUUCAUGAGUUCACGAUCCAGUUCGUGUCACGAGGGAAGGAGAAGUCGGACUUGUCCCCUAAGGCACACACGUGCUUUAACAGGCUUGAUUUGCCGAUGUAUCGAGACAUGGAGGAGCUGGAAACGUACUUGACUAUGGUCUCGCAAAUGGAGACAUUUGGCUUUGGCCUCGAGUAA